ACGAUGCAGUCACUGUUUUCAGAGACAAAACUCAUGAAGCUGGAAAUGAGUGAAUUUAUUUCAUUUUAGCUUGUUCGUGGAUCGGUUGGUGACAACGGGAGCUUUACAUGAUUUGGAGGAAAGCAAGCGGAAAUUUGAGGACAGCAAAGCGCAGUCGCUGCAGGCCCAGCGCUCUCUCAGACCAGGGGAAAGGGCUCAUGUUGAGCAGCUGUGCUGUCAGUAAGAAGAGAUCCAUCCUGAGGCAGAAAGCGGAGACUCACUAAGAGUCAGAGCAGCAGAGGACAGAGGAGCUCUGUGGAUCUGAGGCACAGAGGCCGUGGGAGUUACAGGACAACUCAACACUCAUCCACCGAAGCUCUUAUUUGAGGAUCCAGGACAGAAGAGGGAAAUGCUAGCUGCACAGGUUUCUGUCUGAGAGGAGCCUGGGAGUGUGACUCCAUCCACUCUGGAUCAUUCUGAGAUGGAGUCUCUCAGAAGAGCAGAACAGGACUCUUUACCUGCUUUGAAUUGUGACAAAAUAAAUAAUGAUUGUAAUAAUGAAUGUCUCAACAUGGGCCUUGAACCUCCUCUAAAGGCUGACCAGAUAAAAACAGAGACUGAUGAACUGGACACUGAUAAUCAUGAACAACAUGUUGAUGCUGUUGUGAAAAUAGAGCCAGAGGAACUGGGCCAAAUAAAACCAGAACAAAUAGAUUCCAGACCUGAUGUUAAUAACAGAGAGUCAACAGCAUACACAACACAGACUGAAUGCAGUGCUGAUUUUGCUCAUAUUGAAGAAGAAACAGAGGAACUAGGUGAAUGUGGCUCUGUUGGAAAGAGACAGUUGGGUCUGCAGGUUACCGGGGGACUAAGUAAAGAGGAAUACCAAAAAGAACAGAGUGAAAUUGACCUGGGUGAGAAACAGCAUGGCGACAGUGGGAAUCAUUUACAGGGUUCAGGGGUUACUGAAGGACAGCAGAAGAUUCCUGCAGUAGAUGCGUUGUACACCUGCAGACCACAUUCUUGCCCUGAAUGUGGCAAGAGUUUCAGAAAAUCUGGAAACCUUAAGAGACAUCGGCUGAUUCACACAGGAGAGAAACAACACACUUGCGCUCAAUGUGGGAAGAGUUUCAGUCGCUUAGAACAUUUAAAAACACACCAGAGAAUGCACACAGGAGAGAAACCCUACGCUUGCACUGAAUGCAAUAAGAGUUUCAGUCGCUUGGAGCACUUAAAAACCCACCAGAGAAUGCACACAGGAGAGAAACCAUAUUCUUGCACAGAAUGCAGUAAGAGUUUCAAUCACUUAGGAAGCUUAAAACUGCAUCAGCAAAUUCAUACGGGGGAGAAGCCACAUUGUUGUACUGAUUGUGGAAAACGUUUCAGAGAGUUAAGAAUUUUAAAACGGCAUCAGCUUGUUCAUACAGAAGAAAAACAACACACUUGUACUAUUUGUGGGAAAAGUUUCAGUCAUGUAGGAGGCUUGAAAAUCCACCAGAGAAUACACACAGGGGAGGAACCCUACUCUUGCUCAGUUUGUGAAAAAAGUUUCUGUCAUUUAGGAAACCUGAAACAGCAUCAGUUAAGUCAUACUGAUGAGUCGUACUCUUGCACAGUGUGUGGGAAGGUUUUCUUUCGUUUAGGAAACUUAGAACAACAUCAGUUGUUUCACACAGGGCAGAGACUAUACUCCUGUGGUGAGUGUGGGAAGAGUUUCACUCACUUAGGAAGCUUACAGACCCACCAGAGAAUUCACAAAGGUGGAAAAACAUAUACAUGCACUGAAUGUGGAAAGAAUUUCUGUCGUUUAGGAAGCUUAAAAGAACAUCAGCGAAUUCACACAAUCGAGAAAGAAUACACUUGCAUUAUAUGUGGGGAUAGUUUUGGCCAUUUGGGACAUUAUAAACAGCAUCAGCAAAUUCACAACAGGGAAACCAUGCUCUUACCUUGAAUGUUCUUUAAAUGCCAAUGUUAGGCACCUUAAGAAUGCAGCUCUCCUAUUCACUUUAGGCCAGUAUCAUUAGAAGAGGUUGGUCAGCAGUCAGAUUUUUUUGAAAAAAUCCCCAGUGCUGUUGCUUGUGUCCUUACACAUGUGCAUAACUUUAAUAGAACAUUAUUAUGAAAUGUAUAAGUGGCAAUAACACGUUGCUUAAUCUGGAAAUUAUGUGAAAAUGAUGGUGGAUUAUCCCAAAUUUUCUGUCAUAUUAAUCUAUAUUUUGGGCCAAACAUCUUGAUUUAAACUUUAAAAGUGGCUCGUCCAGUGGUGAAUGUUUGUAGUUAAGACAGGAACAGUCUUUAGGACAGUCAGGGUUCAUCUGUAAGCCUCUCUCGGGUUUCUGUCCCUGCUUCUCAUCUGAGCAGAUAAUGCCUCUCUGUUGUUGUAGUACAGUAUUUUUGUAAUAAUCAAUUUCACAUUAUUGUAUUGUCUUUCCUCUUGUUUUAAA